AUGUCCUGCCAGCAGAACCAACAGCAGUGCCAGCCCCCUCCCAAGUGCUCCUCACCCAAGUGCCCCCCAAAGAGCCCCGCACAGUGCUGGCCUCCAGUCUCCUCCGGCUGUACUCCCAGCUCCAGGGGCUGCCAUGGCCCCGGCUCUGAGGGUGGCUGCUGCCUGAGCCCCCACAGGGGCCGCAGGUCCCACCGAUGCUGACGCCAGAGCUCCAACUGCAGUGACGAUGGCCGUGGUCAGCAGUCCAGGGGCUCCCGCUGCAGCCACAGCUCUGGGGGCUGCUGCUGA